AUUGACGGUACUGACGACCAUACAUCGCGACUGAUAUCAACGAUAUCCUUGCACUGGCCUCGCCUGACCUGGUUCUUUACCGAUUGGUUUUGUUGCCACUAUCUUCCAAACAAAUCUUGGGCAGGCUCGAUCGAAAUGGCUGAUGAUCCUCGACAACGCUGAUGAUCUGGGGUUGUUUGGAGUCGGUCAACAAGCAAAAGGAGAGGGGACGAACGAGAACCAGAACCUACACAGAUAUAUCCCUUGCACGUCGCAAGGGAUAGUACUAUGGACGAGUCGAGACGCGCAUAUUGCCGGCACGCUUGUCAGACCUCGUCGCGGUAUUGAGGUGCAGUCGAUGGCUAUAAACAAGGCGAUAACGCUCCUGGCAAGAGUGAGAGACGAGCCUUCGACUUCGUGGGAGGCAGCAUUGGAUGCUCUGCUAGAAGAACUGCAAUGCCUGCCGUUGGCGAUCUCGCAAGCCGGUGUGUAUAUGCGGCGUAUGUCGAUAACAGCCGAGCAAUACCUAGACCUCCUCAGACAAGGCACGAUUCGGUGGGAAGUGCUGAAGGUGAGCGACGCGGACCGACAUCGACGGCCGGAGGUGUCGAACAGUAUGCUUGAGACGUGGAGGAUCUCGACGGAGCGGAUUCGGGUGGAGAGCGAGAUGUCAUGUCAUACCAGAUAUUACACGUAGUUGCGUAUAUAGACAGUCAAGACAUACCGUACGACUUGAUGGCAGUAGCCGCUAGUCGAUAUCAC